UCCAUGGCUUCUCCGGCAAGCCUUUCUCUCUCUCUCUCUCUCUCUCUGUCUCUCUGAAGAUCAGUCUUCGAGAGCAGUAUAAGACUAUAAGUGAUCACUCUCUCACCUCAUUUUCUACUUCCUCCCUAUUUUUCUACUAAUCCUCUGUGCAAUGUAGACUCUGGAGUCUCAGAAUGGCCAAGUGCGAGCGAAACGACGUGGGAUCGUUAGUCCUCAACCGCGCCGCUGGCGGUGGAAGUUUUCGUCUAUUUUCGUCAUCCUCCGGUGCGACAUUUCGCAAGAAAGUAUUUGAUUUCGUUCGUUGUGGUGGUUCCCGCCAUUUCCGGGAAGAUGAGGUGGCAGGCGUUCAGCCCUUGCCGCUGGCUCCGGAGCCGGCGCAAGAGCGAUCGGAGCCGAGGAGGAAGGGAUCGGAGAAGCUGUCGGAGCUGUUGAAGAAUUCGUGGGAGGGUUGGGGUGAAGAGGAUGGGAAUGCUGAAGAGACGAAGAGGAAGACUGAGGCGUUUGAGGAGGUGAAGCGCGUGGUAAGGGAUCUUCAGGUUGGGGAAGGAGUGAGGAAGAGUGGAGGUGCGGUGGAGGUGAGGAGGCGUGCGAAGGAAGACUUGGAAGCUCGAACUACGCUCGCAAUGCUCGGAGCCAUUCCUCCUCUGGUAGGGAUGCUAGAUUCUGAGGAUCAGGAGUCUCAGAUCGCGUCAUUGUACGCUCUUCUUAAUCUCGGGAUCGGAAACGAUGAGAACAAAGCAGCCAUUGUCAAAGCAGGAGCUGUCCACAAGAUGCUAAAGCUCAUUGAAUCUCCAAAUGAACCCCCAAAUUCAGCUGUCUCUGAAGCAGUUGUCGCAAAUUUUCUUGGCUUAAGUGCAUUAGACUCAAACAAGUCAAUUAUUGGUUCUUCUGGGGCCGUUCCAAUUUUAGUAAGAACCCUAAAAAAUUUGGACAAGACCAGCAGUUCCCAAGCAAUGCAAGACUCUUUGAGAGCGCUAUACAAUCUUUCCAUAUUACCUUUGAACAUUUCAGUAAUUCUGGAAACUGAUUUUGUCUCAUUUCUGCUAAAUACAUUGGGGGACAUGGAAGUGAGUGAAAGAAUCCUCUCAAUUUUAAGCAAUGUGGUAUCUACCCCAGAAGGUAGAAAGGCUAUCAGCACUGUGCCAGAUGCAUUCCCUAUUUUGAUUGAUGUUAUGAAUUGGAAUGACUCUCCAGGUUGCCAGGAGAAGGCAUCUUAUAUCUUGAUGGUAAUGGCGCACAAAUCUUAUGGAGAUAGACAGGCUAUGAUUGAUGCUGGAAUUGUAUCUUCCCUACUUGAAUUGUCUCUUUUAGGCAGCACAUUAGCACAAAAGAGGGCCUCCCGGAUUUUGGAGUGUUUGAGGGUUGAUAAAGGGAAGCAGGUUUCAGAAAGUUAUGGUGGCAGUUUGGGUAGCGUUGGAGUAUCUGCUCCCAUAUGUGGAUCAUCUUCCUCAUCUGCGAAUCCAAAUCUCAGUUCCAAGGAGGCUUUCGAGGAGGAGGAAGACAUGAUGAGUGAGGAGAAAAAGGCAGUGAAGCAAUUAGUCCAGCAGAGUUUGCAGAAUAACAUGAGGAGAAUUGUUAAGAGGGCCAAUUUGCCACAAGACUUUGUUCCAUCGGAUCAUUUCAAGGCGCUCACAUCAAGUUCAACUUCAAAGAGCUUACCAUUUUGAGAAUAUUUCUUCCAUGUCACACACAAAUCCAGAAAUUACAACCAAGGAGAUGGAGAUUCGUGACCCAAUUUGGAUAGGAGGGGGAAGAAUCUGAGCUGUUUGUGGUUAAAAUAACUGUGUUCAGUUUUGUCCCCUCCAGGUAUAUAUGUAUCAUAUAAUAUCCAUUGUGGGGUGUAGCUAGUUUUUCCCUUUUUCUUUUUUCCUCCUUGUGAAUCUUUAAUUUUCCGUGGUCUCUCUUUUUUUGGUCCCUUUUUUGAGAUCUGUUUUCUGUUAGGUGUAAAUAUUUUGUUGUAAUGAUAUCAUAUGAGCAAUUGUUUUUUACUUUGUCCUCUGCAAUCAUAUCCUUAUCUCCUCUUUUUUAUUA